CAUGCAAAUGUCAUUUGAUACAAAAUGACACCAUGAUUAAAUUAAUUCUGCUACUAGUUGGUUUAUUCUCGAGCCUCACUCUCUCACUUUUAGUUAUUGCAUAUAAAUACAAAGAUAGCGAAGUAUUCCGCAAUGCUAGUCAACGAAUCGAAAUUAAGUGGUGGGAAUGACAUAUUUGUGAAAAUCGUAAGCCCAGAAGGUCUAGUAUUCUGCGCGUAUUUCGCCAAUGAGACUCUCAUAGAAGAAGUGAAGAAUCGGGCUGUAGAUUACUUUUACCCUAACGGUGAGCAUAGUUCUACAAGAUUCAAAAUUGUUCGCGUAGCCGAUACAACGACGUUGCAUGACUUUCUUUCGUUGUCCCAAGAAGAAGUAGCCAUGUUUGAUGAAAUGCUUUUAAUUGAACACAGGACUCCUGAAGCUAGUGCUCUUUGGGACUUGGGUUCUGUAAGGGCACCACAAGCCAGUGCAAUCGCUGCUGCAACAGCCAACCUUCCAUCUCCCCAAAACGCAAUGCGGCAGCCAAAUCUGCAGUCGCUAUUAUCAACUAACGAGCUGUCUUUCGAACUUAGAAAAAUACUCAUAUCUUUGAUAGAAGCCGGUGCUCGGUUGGCAGCAGCUGGGAGAAACUAUGAAUUGACUCUUGCCCAAUUGUCUGCAGCCUUAGAUGAACCACAACGGAACACUCAGUUUGCAGUCCAAGUUAUAACCCCGGAAGAAAUUGCUGCAAGAUUUAACGUUAGCGAAGAUAACCACUCAACAGCAGAAGCAACAAGUGGUGAUGAGACGUGCAAACGCGCUGAACAUUUGCAAAGAUUUUUGGAGAAAUUUCGUGCUUGGAGAAUUAAGAUUCUGGAGCCGCCGAACCCUGAGGCACUUUCAUCGCUGAAGGGUUUGGGGUUCACAGUAGAACAGGCCGAUGCUGCUUUGAGAUAUACAGGCAGCAAUGUACCAGCGGCUGCUUCUUGGUUGAUUGGAGAACGGGGAUCUAGUGUGUUUGAGCUGAUAAAUGGUUUGCCAGAUGGUUGGAUACUGCAGACAUUGUUGAAGCAACCCCAGAUUCAGCGAGGACUCUUGAACACGAGGAUGCUGAUCGCGUUUAUUGCGAUGGUGGGCCAGACGGGUAGCGCGUCUUUGUGGCUCAACUCCCCCCAUGGGAGUCCAUUACUAUCCCAGAUAUCGAGGACGUAUCAUUCGGAGAAGUAUUGUUUGGCUGUCAAUCAGUUUUCUCAGCGAGUUGAUCAGACUACUCCGUCGACAUCUAGACAGCAGUAGCAUAUUUAAACUAUUAUAAAAACUGCAAAGGCGGGUAUUUUUGGAAUUUGUUUUUUUUUUUUUGGAUUUUUACUGUACCAUUUAACAAGUAUCGUAGUUAUGCUAUUUGUAUAAAUUUACUAUCGAACGUUUAAAGUAUUUCAAAUUUUUCGAUUUGUUUAUGAAAAUAUACGAGAUUUGAUAAGAAUCA